UUGUCUGUGUCAGACACCAUUUUAUGAUAACUCGGUGCAAAGUGUUAGUACUUAUCACUUUAAACUUGUGGUGAUUUUAGUGUUUUCUCGUUGUUGUUGUUCGUGUUUAUCAUAAUUUGGUAAAACCGGUGCAAUAAUAGUAUCCGUCUCCAGAGCGCGGAUCAAGGCUUCUGGUGAAAUCAUUCUGGCUAUGAAUGGUGCCAAUUUGUGUCGAGAAGUCCGAACUUAGAGGACAACUCGAGUAAAUGCAAGUUACGCAGGCAGAUCCGGGUACCCGCAAAAGAUCAGGUGUGAACGAUCCAACACCACCGACUGGUGAUAAAAUGAAAAAGUUUAUAAGAUCUAAAAUAGAUAAUGAUGAAACUUCAAGCCGUUCAUCACCACCUUCACCAUCAGAUCCAAAUGCUUCUAGCAAUAUGCCAAAGGAAAAAGUGAAACCUGAAGUGCAGCCUCCAUUGCCCCUAGAUCCACCACCACCAGAUGAACCACCAAAUAUGGAGAUUGAAUUAAAAAAAGAAAUUGUCGACACAGACUAUCAGAGCCCCGAUGAAGAGGCAUCAGAGGCUUUGAAUCAAAAUGAAUCUGAUAUAAAACCUACUGAUGAUGAUGAAGACUCUGGUAAACCAAAGCCAAUGUGUAGAGAUUUUAUAAGAGGCACCUGUAUUCGACCUGGAACAUGCAAGUUCAGUCAUAAAUGUGAUAUAUCACAAUUAAUUGGUGUUUACACAUUCUGUAGAAACUACCAAAAUUCUGUUUGCACUCGCCCUAAUUGCAAGUAUGUGCAUGCUUCAGUGUUUGAAGAACAGCACUUUUACAGAACUGGUGAAUUGCCAGCACAUGCUUUGGUUCACCAUAAGAAACACAUAAUGCCUCCGCCGCCACCUCCUCCUCCUCCACCUCAAGAGACUCCACCGAAUACUCCAGUAUUCAAGGUUCCAAUGAUACCUCCAUUACGUGUGAGAAUGAACAGACCCCCACCUCCUAUAAGUUGCAUUCCUACUAGCAAAUUGGAAGCUCGGCCGUUUCCCGGUUUACGGGACACUCUAACGCCCGGCACAGCACCGUUGAAACGCGAAUGGCCAUGUGUUGAUAGUUUUCCAGGUUCCUCCCGAGAUGUUGCUCCUGAUUCUGAUAACGGUCAAAAAAGAUGCAGAAACUGUAAAUACAUCGAAUUGAGAUUCUUACACGGAGAAGAAACACUGGUUCCGAUUAAUCAUUUAAGAGCUGAGUUAAUGAAAGAGAAGUGUGAAAAGUUGCAGAAGGCUUCAUUAGAAAUGCAUAACCAAAUAGAUCUUCUAAAUAAAAGGCGCGAGAAACUGUAUUCGACGUUAAUGACUUUGUUCAAACCAACGUACCAAACGAAAACCCCCGCUACCAGUGGACCGAUAUCCUCGCCGACUUCGGGAGAAAGGCAGACGUGGUUAUUGGAACAGAUGAGCAGUGCAAUAAAUUCCAAUAUAAUUCCUGGAAUACAGGAGGAUGCAAGUAGGCACAUUACUCAUGGUAAUCCUGUUAUGUCAAGCUUGGUAGCAAAAUUACUGCAAGUAUAUAGACAACAUAUGCUUUCAGAUCCUACUAGAAAAACAUAACGAAGGUAAAUCUCGUGAAGACGUGUAGAUAAACUUUAGAAAGAUGUUUUUAAACAAUAUCCAUUCAAAAUUCACUGUACUUAUAUGCUUUGCAUAUUUAUAAUCUUUUAUGAUACUGUACAUAACUAGUCUUUUCCUCAUUACAAAUUGCAUGUUUUAUCACAAAAUUGAACAUCUAGUAUUAGCCUUUAAUGUGAAUUUUCAAAAUAAACAUUACAGUAACAUUUUUUCUAUUAGUUUUUUGGGCCCACCGAUAUAGUGAUGUGUAAUAAAGGAUAUGUUUCUUAUAAUCAUACUUCGUACUAAUAUAAAUAUGAAUGUUUAGAUGGAUGGAUGGAUGUUGGUUAGAGUUUGUUGCCUAAACGGCUGAACGGAUUUCAAUGAAAUUUGGUAUAGAUGUAGAGGAUAGUCUGGAAGAACACAAAGACUUGUAUGUAUAUAAUUGAAUCAAUUCUACAAGACCAACAUUUGGAAUUAGAUAAAACUAGCUUUCGCCCGCGACUUCGUCCGCGUGACACAAAAAAAAACAAAAGAGAGUAGCC